AUGAAAUUCGUAGCUCUCUUGUGUGUAUGGCUAUCUUUUGCCACUUCCACUUGGGCCUAUUCACGUGAUUGCGCCAAAGGUCCAGAAUAUUGGUGUCGUGAUGCAUCCACAGCAGAAGACUGCGGUGCUGUUCACCAUUGUCAACAAACAGUGUGGAAGGAAAAACAUCAGCCCAAACAAACCAGUGCCACCAGUGAAACAUCUCAAAUGUUAUGUAAUGUUUUUGUUCAUGCAUCACAUGAACUUCUUGCUGGUAGUUCAGUGAAUGCCAAUUCGAUCAAAGAAUAUCUUCGUCAAGAUUGCACAAAAUUACCUUACCAAAAAGAUCUUGUUCAACAAUGUCAAAUGGCUGUCGAUAUCUAUGUUGCUGAUAUUCUUCGUCAUCUUGCAAGUGGCACUGAACUUAACAAAAUCUGUUCCAUCAUUCAAGGACAUGAUACAUCGAAUGUGUUCGUACCAAAACCAAAACCCAGCAAUGCUCCAUCAAAUCUAACAUGUGUUAUUUGCGAAUUUGUUGUUCACAUCGUCGAGACAUAUGCAAGUCAAAACAAAUCAGCUCAACAAAUUGAACAUAUCCUCGAAGGAGUUUGCAAAGAAAUGCCAUCGGUUUUACGUGAUGAAUGCAAAUCAUUUGUCGAUUCAUAUGGCCCUGAUCUCAUUGCUCUUCUUGUUCGUGAAAUGGAUCCUGACAAAGUAUGCGCAUUUAUCAAAGUUUGCAAAAAAUCAGAAAAUACCGUCGUCUUACCCAAGCCAGUAAAAUCCGUUCAAUGUGCAUUAUGCAAGUAUGUCGUCGGCUAUGUUGAUACUGUCAUCCAAAACAACAAAUCAGCAGCCGCUGUUGAAGCUGCUCUCGAGAAAGUCUGCACAAUCUUACCAGCUUCGCUCAAACCAGGAUGCGUAUCAUUCGUCGACACUUAUGGCCCACUUCUUCUUCAGUUGAUUCUCAAAUUCGGCACACCGGAAAAAGUAUGCAACGCCCUCAAAGUGUGUCACAAUGGAACCCAAGAAAUGGCAACAUUCGAACAUGCUCCCAUGAUGAAUCUGCAAAAACCACAACUUAGCACUAUUCCAUGUACAAUUUGUAAAUUUGUCAUCGGCUAUCUUGACACUGCUACCAAAGGUAAUCGAUCCGAGGCAGCAAUUGAGGCCGCCUUAGACAAAGCUUGCGACCUCCUACCUGGAGCCCUCAAAAACAAUUGUGCGUCUUUCGUCCACAAAUAUGGACCGAUCAUCGCAUUUAUGUUUCGUAACAACGCCACAGCUGAACAAAUAUGCGAUUUCAUCAAAGUGUGUAGCAAUGGAACACAAGAAAUGGCAACAUUCGAACAUGUCCCUAUGAUGAAUUUGCAAAAACCACAACUUAGCACUAUUCCAUGUACAAUUUGUAAAUUUGUCAUCGGCUAUCUCGACACUGCUACCAAAGGUAAUCGAUCCGAGGCAGCAAUUGAGGCCGCCUUAGACAAAGCUUGCGACCUCCUACCUGGAGCCCUCAAAAACAACUGUGCGUCUUUCGUCCAAAAAUAUGGACCGAUCAUCGCAUUUAUGUUUCAUAACAACGCCACAGCUGAACAAAUAUGCGAUUUCAUCAAAGUGUGUAACAAUGGAACACAAGAAAUAACACCACUUGCUAGCAGUCUGCGGGAAAUGUUGAGCAGUAAACAAGAACCACUCCGUUCUGUAGAAUGUUCCUUGUGUAAAUACAUCGUCGGUUAUAUUGAUACUGUUAUCCAAAGCAACAAAUCUGAAGCUGCCAUCGAAGCUGCACUAGAAAAAGUUUGCACAAUCUUACCAGCUUCAAUUAAAUCUAAAUGCGAUCAAUUUGUUGUUACCUAUGGCCCUGUUCUUGUUCAGUUGAUUCAAAGAUAUGGUACACCAGAAUUGGUUUGCAACGCUUUGAAAAUCUGCAACAAUGGAACCGAAUCAAUUCAACCAGCCAGCAGAAAUUUAGUAAACGUACCAGCCAAAAUCGCUAGCGCUCAAUGUGCAUUAUGCAAGUACAUCAUCAGUUAUGUUGAUACUGUCAUUCAAAACAACAAAUCUGAAGCUGCCAUCGAAGCAGCACUCGAAAAGGUCUGCACAAUCUUACCAGCUUCGCUCAAACCAGGAUGCGUAACAUUCGUCAAGAACUAUGGUCCACUUGUUUACCAACUGAUUGUCAAAUUCGGCACACCGGAAAAAGUAUGCAACGCCCUUAAAGUGUGUCAGAAUGGAACACAAACGGUCGAGUCAGUUGCUCGCAAAAUCGUUGAAUCUGGCAAGAAAGGAAAAAGCGACAGUGAAUGUACUCUCUGCAAAUAUAUGCUAUCAUAUAUCAAUCUUUUGAUCACUGCGAACGCUACUGAAGCCGAAGUCGAAAAAGCAUUAAAAUUAGUCUGCACCAUUUUACCAGCCGAAUACCAUGACAAAUGCGAUGUAUUCGUUCAUACUUAUUCGCCAAUUCUUGUUCAGCUUCUCGCUGAACUCGAUGAUCCAAAUACUGUUUGCGCAUGGUUAGAUUUAUGUCCAAAAUCCAAGAAAGAAUUCAUUCAAAUUCCCGCAAUCAAAACCAACAAGCUCAAAUCAUUACCUUGCAAUCUCUGUCAGUACAUCGUCAACUAUGCGGAUACAAUCCUCCAAUCGAAUACAACUGAAGUCAAAUUCGAACAAGCUCUAGAAAAAGCUUGUAAAGUUUUACCAGGCGAAAAAUUACAGGCAGAAUGCAAAACUUUAGUCCAUCUCUAUGCUCCUGAUUUGAUGAAAUAUAUUGCUGAAUACGGCGAUCCAAAAGCUGUGUGCCAAGCUAUUGGUCUAUGUGAGAAAUAA